UUGGACCGAUCCGCCAUUUUCAACAAGAAUGUCCGGAAGAUCAAGUUACCUCACGCCUACACCGAUCUUUGCCCCGGAGUCGCCUGCCAUGUUAUCGGCUGGGGAGACAUCUCCAAUUAUGCAACCAUCCCCACCGAACUCAUGGAAGCCAACACGACCAUUGUGGACAGGAAGGCUUGUAAUGCAUCGUGGCAAGGACAUGUCUUCAAGGGCAUGAUCUGCGCAGCCAGCACCAGUGCCGUCCUGCGUGGUUUCUGCUCGGGUGACUCAGGUGGCCCCUUAGUGUGCGGGAAAAACGUCCAGGGCAUCGUCUCCUUCAACGGGAAGAGAUGCGGCGAUCGGUGGUUCCCGGAUGUCUAUACCCGCAUUGCCAAUUACAUCACCUGGACGCGUUUCGUACUGCAGACCUUUUGA